CUCUCUCUCCCAGCCGGACUGGAGGAUCAGCAGCCCGGCGUCACAGCGACCUUCCGAGCCGGAGAGGCGACGAUGGCGGCGGCAGCGGAGAGAGGAGUCCGGGGGAGUGCUUUCCCGCCGGACCCGGACCCAGCCGCCGGGUCCGGUGCUGCGGGAGAGGCUGACGGCCGCGUCCCGGUGCCGAUGAACCUGUUUGCGACCUGGGAGAUCGACCGCUCCUCUCCGAGCUGCGUCCCCAGGUUGUGCAGCCUGACUCUGAAGAGGCUGAUGGUUUUGAAGGAGCUGGACAGAGAGCUCAGCUCCGUCGUCAUCGCUGUUAAGAUUCAAGGCUCAAAGCGAACUUUAAGAUCCAAUGAGUAUCUUCUUCCUCCGGACGGCCUGAUGGAAACAGACCUGGAGCUCACCUUCUCUCUGCAGUAUCCUCACUUCCUGAAGCGGGAUGUGAACCGUCUGCAUGUGAUGCUCCAGAGGAGGAAGAGGUACAAGAACCGAACCAUCCUGGGCUACAAGACCCUCGCAGUGGGAGUCAUCAACAUGGCCGAGGUGAUGCAGCAUCCGACAGACGGAGCCCACAUCCUCGGUCUCCAUAGCAACCUGAAGGAUGCUUCAGUGCGUGCGGCGGAGCUGAGCGUCCAUUCUCUAUUCAGCCAGCCAAUCGAGCAGGAGGACACAAGCGGUCACCAUGGCAACAAGACCAAGGCCUCAGAUCGCUCUCCUGACAUGGAGAACUACUGGGAGGACGAUGACGACAGCUUCUCCUCUGAACAGGAAGGAAGUGAUGACGCAGUUGCACCUCAGGACAUGUAUGAUGAUGAUGAUGAUGUCCAGGGAAAGACAAAGAAGUCUCGUAGGAAAAUGAUCCGAACAGCCUCCCUGACGCAGCAACCGAACUUCAAACAGAAGUUUGUGGCUCUGCUGAAAAGGUUCAAAGUCACUGAUGAGGUUCUGGAUUCAGAUCCGGUGGGUCAGAGUCAGGAGGUCGAGGAGGACCUGGACCUGCUGUACGACAGUCUUGAGGUUUACAAUCCGAGCGAUAGCGGGCCGGAGCAGGACGACAACGACAGCAUCCUCAGCACGCCCAAACCCAAACUCAGGCCUUUCUUUGAGGGGAUUUCUCAGUCGAGCUCUCAGACUGAGCUCGGGAGUCUCAACAGUCAGAGGAGCCAACCGACAGAAAACACAGCAGCCGCGGCGGAGCGGCUGCCUCCUGGAGCUCAGGGGCCUCGGUCCCCGGAGGAGUCAAGAGGAGAGGACGCGGUGCCCGGGGAAGCUGAGGAUGAUGUUGCCAUGGUAACAGAUGCAGGACCGGCUGCUAAACUUUGUAAAACUGAGUCCCAAACACUCAUAUCACCAAGUAAGACAGGAAGUCAGCUGUCUCGCCAUCCUUGGAGCGUCUCCAUGAAGGACAGACAGAGCUCCAGAGGGACGGACAGAACCAGCAGCUUGGACAGCGAGACGUCGUCUGAUUACAGGAUGCCUCCCCCACAGGUUGCCAGGAAGUCGGUCCUGGAUCAGCUGAACCACAUCCUGUUCUCUGAUGAUCAGAUUCCUGAUUCUAUAAUCCUGAUCAACACCACAGACUGGCAGGGACAGUAUCUGUCGGAGCUCCUGUUUGAUCAGCCAAUCGUCUGCACCGUCUCAGCAGCUGAUGUCCAGGCUGCCUUCAGCGCCAUUAUCAGCCGGAUCCAGAGAUUCUGUAACUGUAACUCCCAGACGCCGCCUGCCGUGAAGGUGGCGGUGGGCGGAGAUCAGAGCUACCUCAGCACCAUCCUCUGCUGCUUUGUAGAGCAGCUGGCCAGUAAGACGCCUGAUUGGCUGAGCUACGUGCGCUUUCUUAUCCUCCCUGUCGGAGCCCACCCGCUGGCCAAGUAUCUGGCCGCCCUGGACAACAAAUUCAACAGUCUGUUCAUGGACGUCGGCUGGAGGGAGCUGUUUGGACGUCUGGAGCCACCUCCUCUCGAUCCUGUUGGUGUCGCAAGUCGAGUGUCUCAGUAUCUGAGCGGAGCUGCUGUCUCUCACCUGUGUCCGAUCUCAGAGGCUAUGCUGACCUGCAAACACAAGAGGAAGCGAAGUUUGCAUUUUGAUUUGUACCUCAGCAUCGACGACGACUCCUUUCAGAAGUUUGUUCCUUUUAUUGGGUUGGUGAAGGUCGGCGUUGUGGAGCAGAACUUCCUGUCCACCUCAGUUGACUCUGAUGACAUCAUCCUGGGGUCUCCUCCCUCCCAAUCAGGAGCGCCGAUCAGCAUCACCUCAACGCCUCCUCCCUCCCCCUCCAUCAGCUGUCCGGGGGAAGUGAUGGGUCUGCAGGUGGACUACUGGAGCUCUCAGGGAGGAGGAGGAGGAGAGAGGAGGAAGGAGGUGGGGAUGAAGAACACUCUGAAGAGUAACUUCCGCAGUCUGCAGGUGUCAAGGAUCAGUGGAGGAGAACUGAUGAGCAUGACGGUGGUCACCAAAGAGAAGAACAAGAAAGUCAUGUUCCUCAGUAAGAAGACAAAGGAGAAGGAGGCAGAGUCGAGGAGUCAGUUGAUCGAAGGAAUCAGCAGAUUGAUCUGUACCUCCAAACACCAACACACACUGAGAGUCUCUAUAGACGGCGUGGAGUGGAAUGAUGUGAAGUUUUUCCAGCUCGCUGCUCAGUGGCCGACUCACGUCAAACACUUUCCUGUUGGGAUCUUUGGCUACAACAAACCCUGAAACUCUUCCUCCUCCUCCUCCUCCUCCUCCUCCUCCUCCUCUUCCUCCUCCCCUCAGAGUUUGCCUUUUUCCAGUCACAUCUGGUUGGAAUAGAAAUAUUUGUACCUUGUAAGUCUUUUUAAUUAAUUUAUAUGAAUUCCGCUUUGGAUAUUAUUUAUAUUUGUGACUGUAAAUACUGUAAACAGUGUGUGUGUCUGAUGUAAUCAUAAUAAUUAUAUGUGGAUUCAUUAAUUUAAUUUGAUUGUUAAUGAUUUACUGUACAUUAAAGCUCCAGUGUGUCACAUUACUGUAAUAUAAUAUUCACAGGUUUAUUUUUAAUCAGCUGAAAAUAAGAGUCAUUGUGUUUGUCCAUGUUGGACCACCAUGUUUCUACAGUAGUCAGACUGUAGACAGGGGCCAGAGUUAUUAUAGCUUUGUAUUUUUAGUUUUCAUUUAUUUAUUUUCAGUUUGCUUUCAGUUAGUUUCCGGAGUGCAUUUGUUUGUUUACUCUGUUUCAGUGUUGUUUUUUUCUUAUAAUAUUUGGGUAUUGUAUGUCAGAAUAGGUACAGUACAAAUGUCAAAUGUCAAUAAACAUUUGGGCCAAUG